UCAGACAGAGCAGCGGUGCUUCCUCCUCCUGCUCCUCCUCUUCUUCUUCAGCAGACCCUGUGGUGGUCUUCAUCAUGUCCGAUCUGGCGUCGGUGGACUUUGAGAUCUUCGGGCACGUGCAGGGUGUUUGCUUCAGAAUGUACACAGAAAGUGAGGGCAAGCGCCUGGGCCUGGUGGGCUGGGUCAAGAACACCCACAGUGGGACAGUGGUGGGCCAGGUGCAGGGGCCCCUGAACCAGGUGGAGGAGAUGAAGGUGUGGCUGAGCAAAGAGGGCAGUCCCACCUCACGCAUCACCAGAGCCUCCUUCUCCAACCAGAGGAGCAUCGAGAAGCUGGAGCUCAAAGGAUUCUCCACACGCUUCUGACCCACUCACAGUACAUCUACUCUGACCCACUCACAGUACAUCUACUCUGACCCACUCACCGUACAUCUACUCUGACCCCCACCCAGUACAUCUACUCUGACCCUCACUCACCUCAUCUACAUAAUGUGCUUGUUUU